UAGCCAGCUACGUUAAGGAUAAUUGGUCCUGCUUUGCUCUUGUUACUGCCUUCCGGUUUCGCUUUCGCGCAUUCUCUCUGCCUUUCAUGUUUUCACAGACAUCAGCAACCACGUUACCCCUCACGAAAAUGUGGUGCAGUAAGCCAUAUUUAGCCCGGCAGGCUGCUCGCAGACCCGGCAUUGCAUGCACUCGAUGUCGUUGCGCUGCAUCUGGCACAUAACAAAAUGUAGAGGACAGCGGCGCUCGCUCGCCCAAUAAUUGCGGGCUGUCUGACAAGAGGCCUCUCCUUGGACCUGCCCAAGCUUCCCACCGGUCUCUCUACCCCACACAGCCUUCCCAAUGGCAUGAGCUAGGAUCCUCUCUGCUGCUGUCCUAGGAGGAUAAGUCACCACGCACCUUUCGGCGACCUGUCAUCUACGGGCGCCGCGGCCUUUCGCCAGCCCCGGCGGCCUCUCAGCUCCUCUGCUCAUGACAGCAGCAGCCCUAGCAUCCCAUCUUCUUGCCAGCCAGCGACUCGGAGCUCGUAACCAAGCGCUCCAGCAGCUUUUCGGGUACCCCCGUUCUUGGACCGGCUUAGCCCGCAGCCGGCCUUUCGUGAACCCGCCGACGCCGCACCUGUUUGUAACCAACACCGACACAAGCACACACACGAUGCCCAUGACACGUGGUCGUCGUGGCGCCGCCCGCGGCAGUAGCAGCCACCGCCUGCUGGCUGCCGGCAGUAGCAGCAGCAGCCAGCUUCUGUCCGGCGGCGCGCUGGCGCUACUGCUGGUGCUGGCAUUGCCACAGCCCGCCUCAGCCCAGCAGCCACUGCUCGACCGCUUCGCCUCACGCUUCGGCGCCGGCGGUGGCAGUAGCACCGGCAGUGCCACUGGCAGUAGCAGCGCGACCGGUGCCGCCGGCAGUAGCAGCGGCAUUGGCAGCGGUGGCCUGCUUGGCGGGGGUGCUCUGCUGAAUGACAUCGAGCGUGUUGUGGACCGGAAUGGAACCGCCCCCCGCAUCGGUUCCGGGGCGCUGCUCGGCGGCCUGACCGGCGCCGGCAGUAGCAGCAGCGGCAGCGGCAGCGGCAGCAGCGGCAGUAGCAGCGGCAUCGGUGCAGGCCUGCUCGGCGGCGCGGGCACCGGCGGGCUGCUUGGCAGUGGCGGCCUCAUCCGCGGCGGCAGUAGCAGCAGCGGCAGCGGCAGCGGCAGUAGCAACACCACCGCCGCCAACCGCAACGCCACGAGCACCACCGGCAGUAGCAGCGGCAUCGGUGCGGGCCUGCUCGGCGGCACUGGCGCCGGUGGCCUGCUUGGCGGCGGCCUGCUUGGUGAGCGGCUCGGCUUGGGCGGCAGUAGCAACUCUUCGACUACCGCCUCCGGCUCUUCGGCUGCUUCCGGAGCUGCGGGAAGCUGCCCUGCCAAGCUCACGAACCUGACUGCCGCCACCUUCCGCCCCAUCGCCACCGCCUGCCAGCCCAGUGCCAAGGCCUUUUGUGACGAGUGCAUUUGCGCCCUCACCGACGUCUACAUGCCCGCCUUCAUCGCGGGCGGGCUGUUCAGCAACCUGACGGUUGGCCCCGACGGCGCGCCAACCGCCACAACCGCCUUCCCCGUGGACCGCGCCGCCGCCAUUAUCAGCGCGUGCACGCUGGGGCAGGAGUUCGUUGUGCCCAUGCUGGCGGCAGGCGUGCGGCUGCAGAACCUGGAGCGGUUGUCCAGCUGCGGCUUCAACGGCACCUCCACGCCCUUCUGCCUGGUCGCAAAGAUGGCGGAGGGCGCCGCACGUGCCGCCGGCCGCCCCGCGCCCAACGUCACCGCCAGCAGCGGCCGGGUCGACGACGGCGGUGCCAACUCCACUGACGCCUCAGGGAUUAGCGACGAGGAGUAUUACGACGAAGGAGAUCUCACACCCAUUGAUUCCGUCAAUGGCACGGACGCCGCCAACGCCACCACCACCCUGCCGCCGGGCGCAUUCCGUGUCGUGUCAACCGCCGCUCCCCAGGGCAACAACGGCCCCAUCACGGCGACCGUGUCGGGCAAGCCCGCCACGGUGGGCGACGUCGCGGCGGCGGUUCUGGCGCUGCCGGCGGAGCAACGGCGCUUCCUGUCCAACGAGGCGGUUGCCAUCGUGCAGGGCUGGGCCGCGAACAGCUCCUUCGCGGGAGCUCCUCUGGACGCGGCAGCGCUUGCCGACUUCUCCAGCAACGGCACCACCGUUGACCUGACCUCGGUGCUCACAAGCAUUGCGCUCAUGCAACAACGCGGAGUCACGGCGCCCGCCCCCGCCGCCACCCCCGCCGCCAACCCCGCCGCCACCCCCACGCCGGACUCUGCCACCCCCACGCCUGACUCCACCACCCCCACGCCUGACGCUGCCACCCCCACUGACACGCCCGCGCCCACGAACGCGACGCCGACCCCCGCCGCUGCCCCCGCCGCCACGCCGGACGCCGCCGCCACCCCAGCCGCCGCGGAGCCCGCCCCCGACGCCGCGGCCACCCCCGACGCCGCCGCCACCCCCGCCGCCUCCGCUGUUGUGUCCGCUCCUGCCGACUCCUCGGCCACCGCUCCCGCCGCCGCUGACCGCGCCGAUGAUCCCGCCGCCGCGCCCACGGACGCGGCGGCGGCGGCGCCUGGCGACGCCGCGACGCCGGCGCCGGCGCCGGUGUCGGCGCCAGCGGGCGGCUCCGCCGCCGCCGUGCGCGCCGCUGGCGUGACUCAAAUGGUUAUGGCGGCGGUCGGUGCGGUGCUGCUGCGUUCCAUGCUGCAGCAUUAGAGUACUGGUGGUGAUGGGGUUAAGCGUGGGGAAGUUGUGUGGCCAAGUUGCAAAGCAGAGCGGGUUAUUAUUUUCCCGGAGCCAUCUACUUUUUCCCGUACUGUAGUUAUGAGUGAUCACACGUUUCGACCAGGGCUCUAUUUUAGCCGUGCAGCAGUACUAGUCAGCACUGGGGGAGGCUUGGCUUCCUUUUUGAAUUUGGGUUUAGCUCCUUCGCUCCUUCUGAUUAUAUUUCAUGGAUGGCGGGAGAGCGAGGAUGACAAACGUCAUCGCUUGGCGGGCCUGUUGGAACGCACGGCAAACGGCAGCCAUCGGCGCAAAGGAUCAUCCGGGCGUCAGACUGGCCUUGUGUUGUGUGGUGUUCAGCACUUGGGCGUGAGGGCAGCGGCUCUUGUGGACGACGCGGAGAGGGAUGCAAGUUGGGGGGAGAGGGGGGACAAGGGAUGGGAGAUGACGACGGCAGGGCGCGUGUCAGGGGCAGCGCACUCCUGUUUCCGACUGCCUUGGAGAACCAGUGGGGAUUAUUAUUGGAAUCGUCGAUCCUUGCACGCAAGCAAGGUGUGAGUAAGGUGUGGCGCUGUCGUUGGCUGAGUUUUCUUUUGUUUUUCCUGGGUGCGGGCGUGACCGGCGGCCUUGGGUUGCAUCCAUCGCUGCGCGGUGGAUGGGGCUGUUGCUGGGCCGUGGCGGUGGGGGCGAUUACAUACCACGGCAGGGGAGGCGCUGCGGGCUUGGCAAGCAGGGCGGAGCGGGUGAGUGCGUGCAGGCGCGGUUGGUGGUGGGCACCUGGGCGGUGACUGACUUCCUUGCUGCUGUUGUUGGUUGUGAUUCGAUAGACGCCGCGGCACGAACCUGUGGGGUCAAGUAAGAGCAGGGGUAUCGCUCUGCAGUCUGCACGUCGUCGUCACUGGUUGCCUGUGAACUGCGGAAGCAGCAGGUCUCUGCUGUAACCAAAUGCAACCUGGCGAAGGCGCCUGCAUCGAAUUAGGCAUCGGGGGGCUAGCAGGCACUCAGGCAUGCGUCGCAGCAGCUGCACACGUGGCAGGGUGUCGUGCUGAGGCAGCAAGCCGGCACAGCAGCAGUAGGAGGCGUGUGUGGUGGUGUGUUGUGGCAGUGUGUGUGUGUGUGUGUGGGGGGGGGGUUUGUAGAUACCAGCCCAAAACUACGGUAUAACAAAAGACAAACGGAGGAGGAGGUAACCCGGGGAGACAGGGGUUCUGCGGGGAGAGGAGUAUCGUAUGUAUCAAGCCAAGGCCGGGGCAAGACUGCGGCAAGUAAGCGAGGCGACGACAGGCCCAGGCAUGAUGAGGGAGAUGUAGUCAAAAUUUU